AUGUCUCCCACUAGCCAAUCAGGUCCACACGCUGCCCUACAAGGCGACAUCUAUGAGCCAACCAUAGAAGACUCGAGCUCUGACCUCGAAUCCUAUUCAGAUUCCGAGGACGACGACGACGAGCUUUCUAUGGUUGUGCAGUCUCCUACUAAACUCGCCUACAAUAUCAAUCAUCUUCCGGAAAAAGCGCAAGGCGCCGUGCGCGAAGUCUUCGGCGAACCUCCUGCGAUUGUGCUGCAGCAGUGUCGUCUCAUUGACGAUACAUAUGCUUUUCAGAUGACGGAGCUCGUCACACAGUCUAUUCGCAUUCGAGCCAAUGGCGAUGGAUCAUCCCAGCUCACAUGCUCGUGCGGACGCGGAGACGACGCGGAGCCAUGCUCACACUUGCUGUGGCUCUUGGAUCGGCUCACAAAGCAGAUGCUUUAUGACUAUGAUCCCAAAACUCCUCUUACCAUGACCCAAGAUGGUUUCGCCGAAGAGCUCGGUGAUCCCUUCACUGCCAUUUCAGAGCACCACCUUGAUGUUCUGUCCGAUGGCCUCCACUGCCAGGUCAUUGACCCGGAAGCCCUCUCCGAAGAUGACCUGGCUUCAUACCGCGUCCAAGAGUCGCGUGAACUUUUAUCUGCUGUCUAUGGAAAGACUCCAGAAGACUUCCGUCCGGACAUCUUUGCACGGCCAGUGCUAGGAAAGAAGGUGCUCAAGCGCAACGACCUUGACUGCACCGUCUUCCGCAUGCUGCUCGACAACCACCACUUCUUCAACUACUUCCAGUCCGUGUCUCGGCCCAGAGACCCUAUCAACGAUCCGUUCAGGAAGCUCGCGCAAAGAGUCGACCGCGUGCUCCGGCGCUUCGACGCCUACGCCUCUGAUCCCGCACCCGCGCGAUCCUCCGCAGAGACGCUCCCCAACGUUUCCUGGGCGGCGAAGCACCUCCUCGGAUGCAUCAAGCUCAUCAAAUCCAUCAUCUACACGCGCGACCGGCCCCUCCAGCCCUCGGAAGCCGCGUCCGCCGCCCGCACACUGGUGCACAUUCUUUCCGCCGUUGUCUCCCGCAACCACGACGUCGUAUCGUCCGGCUCUCCCGCAGAAACGCCGCGUACGGAGCGUAACUUGUACUUGCGCCUCAUUGGGGACAGGGAUAGGGACUUUGUGCUGGCGGAGCUGAAUCUACUUCCCGAGGCGGCGAGCCAGCACUUGCAUACCCUGGAGGCUGUUUUGGAGGACGUUGGGAUGCACGGCGCCCCGGUGACGUUUGUCGAUAAGUUCAAUGCGCUGCUAUCGAGAUUAAGGGCGCCAAAGAGGAGCUCUAGUCUCAAGAGGCAGGGUGAUGACGAGGGUGGUUCUUCUCGAGGCUCCAAGAGGAUGAAGUAA